CGGGCAGCUCACUUCCGCCCGGCAGGUGACAGCCGCGGGGCUCCUAGCGGCCGGCGGCACAGACGCACCGGGGGAGCGGGAGGACGAGGCCGCGGACAUUUUGCUGAGGAGUCGAGCCGCGCCGUGGCGCCGGGAGCCGUCCGGACCUGUGGGUGAGGAAGCGGGGAGUCCGGCGAGGCAGGAGAAGGAGUGGGGCCGGGAGGCGGUGAUCUGAGAGUCCGGCCACAGAUAAGGGACCAAAAUGACUGACUCAAAGUAUUUCACCACGACCAAGAAAGGGGAGAUCUUCGAGCUGAAGGCAGAGCUCAACAGUGACAAGAAGGAGAAGAAGAAGGAGGCGGUAAAGAAAGUGAUUGCAUCAAUGACCGUGGGCAAAGAUGUCAGUGCCCUCUUCCCCGACGUGGUGAACUGUAUGCAGACAGACAACCUGGAGCUGAAAAAGCUGGUGUACUUGUAUUUGAUGAACUAUGCCAAGAGUCAACCCGACAUGGCCAUCAUGGCUGUCAACACCUUUGUGAAGGAUUGUGAGGAUCCCAAUCCCCUGAUCCGGGCCCUGGCUGUGCGGACCAUGGGCUGCAUCCGCGUUGACAAGAUCACAGAGUACCUGUGUGAGCCACUCCGGAAGUGCCUGAAGGAUGAGGACCCGUACGUGCGCAAAACAGCAGCUGUGUGUGUUGCCAAGCUGCAUGACAUCAAUGCCCAGCUGGUAGAGGACCAGGGCUUCCUGGACACCCUUAAAGACCUCAUCUCUGACUCGAACCCCAUGGUGGUGGCAAAUGCAGUGGCUGCCCUCUCAGAGAUCGCUGAGUCUCACCCCAGCAGCAACCUGCUUGAUCUGAACCCACAGUCCAUUAAUAAGCUGCUGACAGCCCUGAACGAGUGCACCGAGUGGGGCCAGAUCUUCAUCCUCGACUGCCUAGCCAACUAUACACCCAAGGAUGACCGGGAGGCCCAGAGCAUCUGCGAGCGGGUCACUCCCAGGCUCUCCCACGCGAACUCUGCUGUGGUGCUCUCUGCUGUGAAGGUGCUGAUGAAGUUCAUGGAGAUGUUGUCCAAGGACCUGGACUACUAUGGCACGCUGCUCAAGAAACUGGCCCCACCCCUGGUCACGCUGCUGUCGGCCGAGCCGGAGCUGCAGUAUGUGGCCCUGCGCAACAUCAACCUCAUUGUGCAGAAAAGGCCUGAGAUCCUGAAGCACGAAAUGAAGGUCUUCUUUGUGAAAUACAAUGACCCCAUCUACGUGAAGCUGGAGAAGCUGGACAUCAUGAUCCGUCUGGCCUCCCAGGCCAACAUCGCCCAGGUCCUGGCGGAGCUGAAAGAGUAUGCAACAGAGGUGGAUGUGGACUUCGUACGGAAGGCUGUGCGAGCCAUUGGGCGCUGUGCCAUCAAGGUGGAGCAAUCUGCAGAGCGCUGUGUGAGCACGCUGCUCGAUCUCAUCCAGACCAAGGUCAACUACGUGGUCCAGGAAGCCAUUGUGGUCAUCAAGGACAUCUUCCGCAAGUACCCCAACAAGUAUGAGAGUGUCAUCGCCACACUGUGUGAGAACCUGGACUCCCUGGAUGAGCCUGAGGCCCGGGCUGCCAUGAUUUGGAUUGUGGGCGAGUACGCCGAGCGAAUUGACAACGCCGACGAGCUGCUGGAGAGCUUCCUGGAGGGCUUCCAUGAUGAGAGCACCCAGGUCCAGCUACAGCUGCUAACAGCCAUCGUGAAACUCUUUCUGAAGAAGCCGACAGAGACCCAGGAGCUGGUGCAGCAGGUCCUCAGCUUGGCCACUCAGGACUCUGAUAACCCAGACCUGCGGGACCGUGGCUACAUCUAUUGGCGUCUGCUCUCCACGGACCCAGUGGCUGCCAAGGAGGUGGUGUUGGCUGAGAAGCCACUCAUUUCUGAAGAGACAGACCUCAUUGAGCCCACACUGCUGGACGAGCUCAUCUGCUACAUUGGCACCCUGGCCUCCGUCUACCAUAAGCCUCCCAGCGCCUUUGUGGAGGGGGGCCGGGGCGUUGUGCACAAGAGCCUGCCACCACGCACUGCCUCGAGUGAGAGCACCGAGAGCCCUGAGACGGCCCCUGCUGGAGCACCCUCUGGUGAGCAGCCGGAUGUCAUCCCUACCCAGGGCGACCUGCUGGGUGACCUCCUCAACUUGGACCUCGGCCCCCCAGUGGGUGGCCCACCCCUGACCACCUCCUCAGUGCAGAUGGGAGCCGUAGACCUUCUUGGUGGAGGCCUCGACAGCCUGAUGGGGGAUGAGCCUGAAGGGAUUGGGGGUCCCAAUUUUGUGGCACCCCCAGCAGCAACAGUCCCACCGAACCUAGGAACAUCCAUGGGCAGUGGCCUGAGUGACCUCUUCGACCUGACCAGUGGCGUGGGCACGCUGUCGGGAUCGUAUGUGGCCCCCAAAGCAGUGUGGCUUCCAGCCAUGAAAGCCAAGGGGUUGGAGAUUUCAGGUACUUUCACCCGCCAGGUGGGUUCCAUCUCCAUGGACCUGCAGCUGACCAACAAGGCCUUGCAGGUCAUGACUGACUUUGCCAUCCAGUUCAAUCGCAACAGCUUCGGCCUGGCCCCUGCUGCCCCCCUCCAGGUCCACGCACCACUCAGCCCCAACCAGACUGUGGAGAUAUCCCUGCCUCUCAACACGGUGGGCUCGGUCAUGAAGAUGGAGCCUCUGAACAACCUCCAGGUGGCCGUGAAGAACAACAUUGACGUCUUCUACUUCAGCACUUUGUACCCACUGCACAUCCUCUUUGUGGAGGAUGGGAAGAUGGACCGACAGAUGUUCCUGGCCAUGUGGAAGGACAUUCCCAAUGAAAAUGAAGCCCAGUUCCAGAUCAGAGACUGCUCUCUCAAUGCAGAGGCUGUGAGCAGCAGGCUACAAAGCAGCAACAUCUUUACGGUCGCCAAGAGGAAUGUGGAGGGCCAGGACAUGCUCUACCAGUCCCUGAAGCUGACCAACGGCAUCUGGGUGCUGGCGGAGCUGCGCAUCCAGCCAGGCAAUCCCAGCUUCACGCUGUCCCUGAAAUGUCGAGCACCAGAGGUGUCCCAACACGUGUACCAGGCCUACGAGACCAUCCUCAAGAACUGAGGCCCCAUCCAGUGCCCACCCUGGCCUUCUGCCAGCCCCAACAAGGAGCCCCCGGGGAGUGGCAGCACCUCCUUCCUGGAGACGCUGAGCAAGGCUCUUGGACACCACGGAGUUCCCUGGUCCUAACUGCCAGGCCCACCUGGGUCCUCAGGGCAGGUUAGCAUUCCUCCUGGAGUGAAAUCUCAGUGUACCCCUGUGCUCGGGGACUCCCCUCUUCUGUUGCUGCUGACAGUUAGGGUCAGGUGAGGAGGGGACCAAAGGAAACAGAGCCAGAGAGGCCACAGAAGCUGAUCAGGCAGACCCAGGGUUUUCUCUUCCUUUUCCUGACCAGUGCUUGAAGGGCGAGUAUGUGGCUCCCUCUUCGGGCUCCUGGCCUGGGAAGCCGCUGCCCCUCAGUCUCUCUUGGGUCAGUGUUAGAGGGCCUCCCCAUUACCCGCUCUCAGGCCAGGCUGUCCUGGUGUGUGUGGAGGGUCCUUUGGUGUGCCCAGAGAGCUCCUCUGUCAGGGGUCUGGGGCUCCUGGGGGCCUACACCCCUACCUUCCCUCUCUGCAUCCACCCAGGGUUGUGCCCAUCGGGCCUCAAGCCUCCCGAGCACUGACCUACACGGGCAAGACUGGGCAGAAACGUCCAAAGCCCCGACCCAGGCUCCUGCCCCCCCAGCAGUUGCACACAUCGACUCACCCCACUCCUUUUCUUGCCCCGAAGGACGGUGACUGCCUUCAAUAUAGUCCUUGGCGUCCCCUGUGUUUCUGGAGCAGAGACAGGACUGAGGGAUGGGGCACAUGGGCGAGCAGGGUGCUUCCCAUCUGGGAUUUCUUUGGGGUUUCUCCUUAGUGUCUGCUGCCCUCCCCCUGGCCUCCCAUAUUUCCGUUGUGUCUGACAGAGCAUUAGGUUUUCCUGUACUGCUGUUUAAUAAUAAAGAAAGAUUCUGCUUUUGGCAA